GAAUCUCUGAGCGGUUACAGAGAUCUCAUUGCUAUUUUUUCUUUCCUAUGGGAUGUCCAGUCAUUGCAACACCCCCGUGUUUACCGUGUGGUGCAGCUCUUCAGUCUUCAUGUUCACAUUCAUCCAGUGGUUGCUUUGGGAUCCGGUCGCGUCCUUCUCCCGCAUCAUCAUCCUCAUCAUCAGCAGCAGAGCUCGUCAUGAAACCCGUCUUCCUCGUUCAGUGAUGUGAUGUGCGCUCGCCGUUUGUCAUCAUCCUCAUCUUCAUCAUCAGGAGCGGACAGACAGUAGCGGAUUCUCUGCUCAGCUUCUCUAGAGGAUGUACCGUGUUACCGGAGGGAAACGGCGGAGAGUCUUACCGGGGGCCCUUCCGUGAGAAAACGAACAAGGACGGAGAGGAUCAACGCGGAUUUUUGCCUCGAUCUGUGCGAAUGACACACACCGCAGUGAGGAUUUGUCCGAAUGUGAGGAGCGCUCCGGACCGUCCGUUCAGCCGCACGCAAUGAUGAGCAUGUAAAGAGCCGACCGAGGGGUCGCCCUCCAGGGCCGCAGUCUCUCUUCAUCUGGGAGCAUGUUCUAGGACGGACCCUGAACAGCAACCAUGAAAAGCUUAGGGGCCAACCGUAGCCGACAUCUGUCAGACACCUGUGACCCCACCGCGGGCCCCCAGGAGCCCUUGUGUCCCUUGGCCCCGGACCCCCACGCUGCCUUCUUCCUAAGCCCCACCGUCAACCAUUAUGGCACUCUGGAUCCUCACCUCCAUCAUUUUCCCGUUUCCCCCCCGACGACCCUGCAGUCGGACUGCCUGUUGCCUCUAAACAACCAGCUGACCAACAGCAGUACUUUCCCACGCCUGCACUACAGCAACCAGCCGGAGCAGAGCGACUACACGCAGGGUUGUAUGGCUCAGACAGGCAGUCGCUCUGGCACCCUCACGUCCUCCAUGUCCAUGGGUUUGGGCUUGGGACUGGGCGCCCCGGCCAUGAUCAGCAGCGGCACGGCCACCAUCUCCUCCGCGGCCGCCGCCAAGAUGAACCGGCUCCCGGCAAACCUUCUGGACCAGCUGGAGCGCCACCUGCCGCUACAGCGUGACGGGUUUAGCACGUUACAGUUCCACCGGCGCAGCCGCGGCCAAAAGCCGCGCAGCGAGAGUCCCAGCCGCAUCCGAAACCUGGUCCAAUCCGUCCAGAAACUCUUCGCCAAGUCGCAAUCCCUGGAGGGAUCGGCGGUUAAAGGGAGCAUAACCGCUGGCGACACGGCUAAAGCGACCCGGCGAAGCAAAAGCAAAGACCGCGCUAAGACAGAAGGCACCAAACGGCGUCCGCGGCCCAAUCUCUCAGGCUUCUGGAGCUCAGAUGAUGGUUUAGAGGACGAUCCACCGACUCAACCCGCUGCCGGGCCGCUAGCAGUGGCGUAUCGAAACCCUCUGAGCAUGAUGACUCUGGGAAGAGCCGUGUCGGACAGUCAAGCGCCACCCAGACUGAAUCCGCAGGGCUACAACACCAUCGCUGCACACACUCUCAAAUCCUCCAAGAGCAGUGGCGACCUCAAGCCUCAGGUCAGCCUGGCCGCCGGGGGCCAAACGGGGGACAGCGUGCUGGUUAAGAGAGGCUCCUGGUCAACGCUGACCCUCAGUCAGGCCCGACAGGUGCUUCAGAAGGGCUCCGCAACCAUCAACCAGACCCUGCUCAAGUCCAAGUCCUGCCACGGACAGGAGAUGAUGACCUGCAACUUCCUACAGGUGCCUGGAGGUGAGUGGAGCGGGACGCUGGGCAAGGCAGGGGCCGCGGGAGAGAUCCCGUGCAGGCGCAUGCGCAGCGGCAGUUACGUUAAAGCCAUGGGAGACGUGGAGGACAGCGAGGACUCAGACGGACCCCCUUCACCCAAACCCUCGCCCAAGACCGCAGCUCGACGACAGAGUUACCUGAAGGCCACCCAGCAGUCCCUCAGCGAACAGCAGCCGCCGCUACCGCCCCGCAACUGUAUGCCGCCUCUAUGCGAGGUCUCCACCAAUCGCAGCCUGGAUAACCUGGACUGUUUGAUGGCAUCAGGGGACGCGGGUCUGCAGAACUGGGACACUGAUGGGGGGUUCGGUCAGCGCUGCUCCACGCUGGGACGAGGGUCUACCAUGAGACAGGUGGAGCAGGGGUACGGGGGACACGCGGCUUACGGGCAGGUGGACUCUCACACGGUGGAGGCCUUGGAUCUGCCCACACCGACCUGCUUCCGGUCUCGAAGCCACAGUUACCUGAGGGCCAUCCAGGCCGGCUGCUCCCAGGACGACGAUACGGACUCCGAUGAGACUCCACCUAUAACGUCAUCCAUCAGUAGCUAUAACAGCGUCACCAUCUCCACGUGUACGGCUGUUUGUAAGAAGGCUCCUCCUCCUAUUCCUCCACGCACCACCUCCAAGCCCUACAUCUCGGUUACGGUCCAGAGCAGCACCGAAUCCGCCCAGGACACGUACCUGGACAGCCAGGACCAGCGCAGCGACGUCAACAGCCAAUCAGGACGCAGCAACUCCUCCGACAGCCUCGCCAGCUCUCGGACUGGGAGUUUGGCCAAGAGCGCCAAGCGGCCGCCCAUCCCUGCCCCGCGGGAACCCGUCCAUCUGCCCAGUGCGAGAGUGACCACGCCCCCUCCCGCCAUAGUCCCGCCCCCGCCCGCCCCGGACGCCAGAAACGAGCCUGUGAGUCUCACGCUGGCACCUGAAGAACUGCAGGCUCCGCCCAAGAGGAAACUCUCAUCGAUUGGUAUUCAGGUGGAUUGUGUGCAGCCGGUUCUGAAAGAGGAGCAUACUCCCACGACCAGGUUCCAGUCCAUCGGGGUUCAGGUUGAAGACGGCAGGCCACUCAGUCGCUUCACGAGCAUGGCGUCGAGACAGGAGACGACGGAGGCCGAAUCCCAGGAGCAGAACGACGGUAAACCCUCGGAGCGCCAGACGGCCAGCCGGUCUCUGGAGAAGCUGGACCCGGCGCUGGACCCGUCCUCCCUCCCCCCGCCGGACCCCUCUCUGCAGGCCGGGACGGGGAGCGUGAACGGGUCCGCGGAGCAGCCCGGGGGGGCGGCGGGCCUCAGGGACGGGCGCUGCUUCCAGAAGCUUCUCCAGGCCGAGACGGACCGCAUGGAGGCCUGGUGUCGACAGAUGGACCUCGAGACCAAAGACAGACAGCUGUCAGAGGAGGUGUUGGGAGAGGUCCGCAGUGCCGUCGGCUGCGCUCAGCUCUUGAUGUCUCAGAAGUUCAAGCAGUUUCGGGGCCUUUGUGAGCAGAACCUGGAUGUGAACGCUCAGCCGCGACCCACCGCGCAGGAUCUGGCCGGGUUCUGGGAUCUCCUCCAGCUGUCCAUCGAGGACAUCAGCAUGAAGUUCGACGAGCUCCACCUCCUCAGGUCCAACGACUGGAAGAUGUCUGAGACCCAGGACAAAAAGGAGGAGAAGAAGCCUGCUCCAGCCCACACACCAAAGAAGACUGUAAAGAUCAAGCCCAGCGGCGGGAAGGAGAAGAGCCUGGACUCUGUGGCCGAUAAACAGCGUCAGGAGGCCAGAAAGCGUUUAAUGGCGGCCAAACGUGCCGUUUCCGAGCGGCAGAACUCCGCCACCGAGAGCGCCGAAAGCAUCGAGAUCUACGUCCCCGAGGCUCAGACACGACUCUAAUAAACCACCAAACCAUGACCUCCUCCCGCUCCUAGAGACGCUCUCCGGCGCUCAUGGACGCGCUCACUCUCGC